AUGAUUUCAUUUGGGUUGCAGUCCUUUGAAACUUUGAUUUCCUUUGUGAAACGACUUCGUUUCGUGCCGUCAAUCGGGCGCUCUCCGUGUGUUCAAAAAGCUGCUGCUGCUUUGAAAGGUUCUGACCACCGUCGUGCAACAAAUGUCAGUGCCAGACUAGAUGUUCAACAGAAGAAGCUUAACCUUCCAAUUCUGCCAACCACCACCAUUGGCUCUUUCCCCCAAACAAUGGAACUCAGAAGAGUUCGCCGUGAAUACAAGGCGAAAAAGGUCUCCGAGGAGGAAUACGUUAAGGCUAUUAAGGAGGAAAUCAACAAAGUUGUCAAGCUCCAGGAAGAGCUUGAUAUUGAUGUCUUGGUUCAUGGAGAGCCCGAGAGGAACGAUAUGGUUGAGUACUUUGGAGAGCAGUUGUCUGGAUUUGCCUUCUCUGCCAAUGGGUGGGUGCAAUCCUACGGAUCUCGUUGUGUGAAGCCACCAAUCAUUUACGGUGAUGUGAGCCGCCCCAAGCCCAUGACGGUUUUCUGGUCCUCUAUGGCUCAGUCCAUGACUGCUCGCCCAAUGAAGGGAAUGCUUACAGGCCCCGUGACCAUCCUCAAUUGGUCGUUUGUCAGAAAUGACCAGCCCAGAUUUGAGACUUGCUAUCAGAUUGCGUUGGCUAUCAAGGAGGAAGUAGAGGAUCUUGAGAAGGCUGGAAUCAAUGUUAUCCAGAUUGAUGAAGCUGCUCUAAGGGAGGGUUUGCCACUUAGGAAGUCUGAGGAAGCCUUUUACUUGGAAUGGGCCGUCCACUCCUUCAGGAUCACUAACUGUGGCGUCCAAGACACUUGCCAGAUCCACACCCACAUGUGCUAUUCCAAUUUCAACGAUAUUAUCCACUCCAUCAUUGACAUGGAUGCCGAUGUCAUCACCAUUGAGAACUCCCGCUCUGAUGAGAAACUCCUAUCUGUGUUCCGUGAGGGAGUGAAGUAUGGUGCUGGAAUCGGCCCUGGCGUGUACGACAUCCACUCUCCUAGAAUACCAUCAACCGAUGAAAUUGCUGACAGGAUCAACAAGAUGCUUCAAGUUCUCGAGACCAACAUCUUGUGGGUGAAUCCCGACUGUGGGCUAAAGACUCGCAAGUACACUGAAGUGAACCCGGCUCUCAAAAACAUGGUGGCUGCGGCCAAGCUUAUCCGCACCCAGCUUGCUAGCGCUAAGUGAGUGGUGCUCCCUCAUAAUUCAAUCUUAAAAUAUCCUCAUAAUUGAUUGAUAAUAAUUGUGCUUCUGGUGAUGAAAUAUUCAGUAUUGUAGUUCGCCCAAUGGGCAUUUUCUUUUCUUGUUUUCCUGCCCUUUUUUGUUUUUGAAUGUUGUGUAAUUUUGGGUUUCACCUUCAGCAUAUUCGAAAGGCAUUAAAUUGAGUAGUGUUUGUUUCUAAAUGAAUCCAAUUCAAGAAAUUUCAUUAUUGAA